AUGCUCGAAUGGAUGGAUCGUCGCUAUAGUCUUCAGAUUAACUUUGUACCUCUUAUGGUGAUUACUAGUCGAACUUCGAUGAUGACUACCGAUGUUCUUCUUGAAGUUGAAGUGAAUCGAACUGCUGGAGCUGAUUAUUCGGCAAAAAUAACAGAAACGAAACUCGAAGCGAUCGAUGCAAACGGAGAGGGUUUUCAGGCGGAAUCUAUCACCAAAUUUCCAAUUGAUUGUGAUCAUUUGAGUAUUGUCAAUCUGAUUUGGAAGCUUCCUAUCAAAGGAUCAUCCGUAAAGCAUAAGCUCAAUGCAGAUUAUACCGUGGAUUCAUCUUUGUUUGUGAAUGAUUUUGACGAAAAAGAAUUGGAUGCCGUUCGCAAAUUUGUUUACAAAUUCUCUGAUGAAGUUGAGUUGUCAGUUCCGGAGAUUAAUUUUGAGAUUUGCACUCAAAUUUUGUCUCAGCAACCAGGUGCUCAGUUGUGUCGAGCUAUGUCUCCUUGCCAUUUUGUCAUUUCAAUAAGAUGUUUGAAAGAUAUGCCGUGUAAUCUGUUAGUAGUUUUGGAUGCUGAUGAACGUAUUUGGACAUUGACAGAACGAACCAAAGUUGUUGCGGUAAAAGAAUCGGGACUCGGCCAAUUGGCGUUGAGUGUGAUCCCAGUCGUGGCGGGAUUCCUUCCAUUCCCGACGAUUUCCAUUUACGAAUGUCAACAAAAUCUUUUGAACUCGGACACAGUCAUACCGGGUAGCGAAGUGCUGUACUUCAAUAGGACCGCCGGAAAACAGAUCCGAGUGCUGUCGGCGCACACAGAGAGCUCGGCAAUGUCCAAGGAUGAGUCACCGGCCAUUUAUGGUAACCUGAUGCAACAGCUUUAUGUGAAACUUUGCAUAGUAUUUGCAUUGGUAUUUGUAUGGAUAUUCGUCGUUUUUGGAAGAGAUGAGUAUUCGUCGACGCGAAUGGAAAUUGUUGGAAAUUUGUCGCCGAAAGAGACGAGAAGAUUCCGAGAGGUAAUUGUACAUAUUGACCUGAAAGGUGCUCCACCGCUUGUUGAAUACCUCGAAUCAUUUUUCGAACUGCUCGCUACUCAAUAUGUCGAUGGUGUUCUUAUCGAAUAUGAAGAUAUGUUUCCAUUUUCCGGAAAGAUUCGAUCGAUUCGACGAAAUGUUCAUUAUACGAAAGAGGAUAUUCGAAGGAUCAAUGAGGCUGCUGCUCGCAAUAAUCUCGAAGUGAUUCCGCUUAUUCAAACUUUUGGGCAUCUUGAAUUUGUACUGAAAAAGCCGAAAUUCCGAUAUCUUAGCGAGAGCCCAGUUGAUCUGAAUACGAUAUGUGCUUCGGAAGUGAAAGCUAUCGAAUUCGUUGAAACGAUGAUGAAUCAGAUUCGCGAGCUUCAUCCGAAUUCAACAAGAAUUCACAUCGGAUCUGACGAAGCUUAUCAUAUUGCGGAAGAUGUCAGAUGUCUGAAUCGAAUGGAACAGAAAUCGUUGACGAAAUCCAAAAUCAAACUUGAUCAUAUUUCGAGAAUCGGCAAAAUGGCGAAAGACUUUGGAUUCGAAACAGUUUUCGCGUGGAAUGACAUGUUUGAUAAGGAGCCGGUUGAUGUCAUUCUCGAGUCGGGAAUUCAAAAAUUUAUAACUCCCGUUGUUUGGGGAUACGCCGCCGAUGUAACCGUCGAAGGAUAUUUCCCACCGGGACUUUUUGAUCGAAUCGAUCAAGCGUUCGACAAAUUUUAUGUAGCAAGUGCCUUUAAAGGCGCAAACGGCGCAAAUCAAAUGUUUUCUAACAUUUCGGUGUAUUUGGAGAAUCAUCGAAGUUAUGUGGAUCUGCUGGACAUCCAUGAGAAGGCUGGCCAGAAGGUUCACGGGAUCUUUGUGACAGGAUGGUCGAGGUUCUCCCAUUUGUCGGAACUCUGCGAGAUCCUUCCCGUUUCGAUUCCCUCGCUUGUCGUUGAUCUAAUGUACAUAAAUUAUCAGUAUCACACAUUGAAGUUGUGGUCUGAAAUGAAGAAAGUUUUGAAAUGUCGCGAUCGUUUUGGUUUCACAAAUAUUCUCAUCGAGUGGGCACUGAAUGACUGCGAUUUCGCUGGAUUCGAUGCUUUCAAAGCCAUAAUGAUUGACUGGAAAAGCUUAGUUGAUCGAAAAAAGAUGUCGAAAUAUGGAGACGACGAUUUUGAUGAGAAACUUGCUCGCUUAAAAGCAGAAGCGAUACUCAAAAACGUUCGCGAAUCACUCUCGAAUGUUUUGUACAAACGAGAUAUUGAGGAAAUUAUUCAGCAAUAUCUGCGAUAUUUUGAAAAUUUGCAAGUUGCUACGCAGAAGCCGUAA